AUGAACGCCAAUCCCCAGUGGGACAUCAGCAGGACGCUGGGAGUGGCCAGACUCUUCCAAUUGGUGUGUGGGGUCCGGGAUGCCUGCGUGACUCCGUUUCUGACCCUCUACCUGAGGCAACUGGGCUUGGCCGCGCCCUGGGUGGGCAUCCUAAUGGGAACCAAGCACCUGAUCGCAGCCUUCUGGGCUCCCUUCUGUGCCUUCCUGGCCAAAAGCUACCAGAAAAGAAGGAUGCUUCUGAUAGGCUCGCUGCUUGGCUCGGUGGGAGCCAGCCUGUUGAUGGCCCUGGUGCCGCCGCUGGACAAAGAUCUAGGAUACCGCUCCUGUAAUGGCAGCCACAGCGUGACCACCACAGUCCUACCUCCCGGGGUCGCACUAACUCUGAACUUCACCUCAGCCCAAGAGCUGGCCUUAAACCACCCUGCGGAGGCGCCCAGCCUCCCAGACAAGAGGAGUACGGGGAUCCGGGACGCCUCUGGCUUCAGAAAAGGAUCUGGGCGAAGUAUCAAAGAACCUUUCAGUCAUCUGCCCAGCUACUUUGUGGGCUCCAUUGAAGGAGCCGGGACCGCAUCUGGCGUUCUCCUCCACCCUGUCACUUCAGGGAUGAAAGAUAAUCCCUGGGAAGGUGCUUUUAAGGUGGUCAGUACUGCCCUCCCUUUGCUUGCCGGGGAUUCAGCACUGGGAAGUCCAGCCAACUUGUCAGUUACCAAGGGGAACAUCGGGGCCCUUGACCUCUCCUGGGAAGGGUUGCAAUGGACUUUCAUUCUCUCCUUGGGGUCUGUGGUGUUCUGGGAGCUGCUGACAGCCCCACUGGAGCAGGUGGCGGAUGACAGCCUUUAUGAGUACCUAGAUUUUGUGGAUGCAACUGACCGUUACAAAAACCUUUGGAUCUGGAGGCUGCUGGGCAUGUCGGCAGGUGUAUGUGGCAUUGCAGCCUUGGAGGGGCAGCUGGACUGCUUCCUGGUGACAAGUGGCCCCCGAGGUGUGAUACACUUCUAUGGCUACUCGCUGGUCAGCACCCUGGCUUUACUGGUGAGCAUCGCAUUUCCCGUCCCUGUCUACAGGCGGCGGGAGCCCAGCUACAAACCGGUCAAAGUACUGUCUCUGGUGGGGGGUGACCCCCGCCUUAUUCUUCUAGCCUUCACUGUCUUUCUGAUAGGAGCCGCCACCAGCACAGUACAGAAUUUUCUGUUCUGGCACAUGAAAGACCAUGGGAGCAGCGAGCUGGUCAUGGGUUUCUCAGUAGCCCUGAGCUUGCUGGGGGAAAUUCUACUUCAUCCAUUCAAAACAAGGUUGCUCAGGAAACUGUCCAGGGUGGGCUCCGUGGGGCUGGGGCUAGGCUGCCUCUCAGGGCAGCUGCUGUACUACUCUUUCCUCUGGAGCUGGUGGUCUGUCCUCCCUGCUCAGAUCAUGAGUGCCAUCAGCAACGGGGCUCUGUGGUGGGCAGUGGAGGCCUCAAUAGAGGACCUGGCCACUCCCAGAACAGAGAGACCUUUGAGUACCAUGUUCAGAGGCCACUUCUAUGGGGGCGGGGCCAGCCUGGGUAGCUUUGUGGGGGGCUUCGUUGUGAUGCACUUCAGCCUGGCUGUGCUCUACCAGGCCAGCUGCGUGGUCCUGUUGCUCUGGCUGGCCCUGUUCCUGUCCAUUCAGCCAAAACUGCCUCAGGAGCGGAAAAUCAACUACUCAAAGCUGCUGGCUGUGGAGGCAAGUGAUACGAGUGACUCUGAGCAGGGGACUGAACGGGACUGGCUUGUGAAGGCCAUGAGGGAGGAACACUCAGACUGGAAGGGCUGA